UGGGUGGAUGACGAUCGUUUCCGAUCAUGAACGGCGAAGUUUCGUGUCUUACAGGACUGGUGAAGCAUUUCUGGCACUGACACAGUGCUUGCAAAGUGGAUGACCCUUCAAAACUACUUUGAACCAGCGUUUGCUAUGGUACGUGUGUUGGCUCAAGUACUGCGAAAGCAGACCCCGCACAUUGAAGCUGGCUUGGUCCACCAGGCCAUGGACUUGGAAGCCCGUGAGCAUGAAGCCAGACCUUUGCUUGGAAACUUCGACAACAAUAAACUGGCCACCGUCGCCAGCAAGCAGGAGGCAUACUUGGCCUCCGUGAACGCACGGAACUUUGGCUGGCAUUUGCUGAUGCUUAUUCCUGCUCCUCAGAUUCUCUUCAUGGGUCUCCUCUUCUUCGUGAACCGAUUUCUGUACUGGCACUCGCUGAUCGUGAUAUUCUUUGCAGCCAGCUUUGUGCUGGUGUCCUUGUGGGCCAUGCAGAACUACAAGCAGAUGUGGCGACAGCGUUUGGCCAAGUUGACUUUGAUGGCUGCUGCAUGUGGCCUUCUCACAGGAUGCAGUAUUUACUACAGUUGCACCAUUUACUACUUCCACUACAAGCACGCUUCAACAUAUGCUAGCGUGGUGCCAUCGCAGUCUGCGGAGAGCAUAUUGGAUGCUGGCAUUGUCAGCUUUGCUGUUGGCAGUAUGGUUGACCGAAGCAGAUCGGUGGGGUUUCAGUCCUCUGCUGGUUUUCUAGUUUGUGUAGCGCCCAUUGUGGACGGAUCAAUGAGUCCGGGAUCUCUCACAAACUUUUAUGCAUAUGGCAUCAACUGCUGCAGCCAUCGCGGGAAUUUCAAUUGCGACGAUGCCCGGAACCCCUCAGCACACCAUGGCAUGCUCUUGCCAGAUCCAUCAGAUGUUCUCCCACCGCUUUUGGCGGACAUCUCCAUGGGACCCAGUGCUGACGACCUUCAAUCUGCUGUGAAGCUGCAGCAGGCAGCUUACAGCAGGACAACCGAGAGGCAAGGCAAGCAGACUUUCGUUCAAUAUGUUGCAGACCCUUUGAAGGUACAAGUAGCCUACAUCGACUCAGCUGUAGUUGCAGGUCUGAUUUGCUCAGUCCUGUUCUUCAUGGGACUUUGCUUUUCAGUAUCUCUGAUGGUCCUUGGUACCAAGACAGUAGGUUCGUUGCUGGGCCGUUUAGUUGUAUGACGUGAAGUACCAGUAGUGAAAGGAGCAAGAUCAAAACACUGGAUGCGAGCUCGGGAAAAAAAGGGUUCAGGA